AUGGGCAUCACAGAUUUCUUCUCGGACCUGAUGAGUUCGGUGUCGUUUGUGCAGGAGGUGCAUGCCGAAGCUCCCGCCGACGACAGCGACGACUCCAACGAAGGCGGCGAGGAGGAAUCCAAGGACGAAGAAGGUGGUGACGACAAGGAAGAAGGAGACGACGAGGCCGGCGAAGACGAAGAAGAGGAGGAAGAGGAGGAAGAGGAGGAGGAGCCUGUAGACCCCAAGCCAAAGUUGGAAGAUGACUGCGCGCGAUCCGCCCAAUGUUCAGGAUACAAGCACCACUACGACGAGUGCGUGGAGCGUGUCACCGCCGCGGCCGAGGACCCUGAUCACAAGGGGCCCAAGGAGGAUUGCGUUGAAGAAUACUUCCACCUCCAGCAUUGCGCCACGCAGUGUGCUGCUGCCAAACUCUUCAAACAGCUAAAAUAG